CUUGAAUGGGAGUGGAACACGCGAUGUGUGACGUAGUGGCGGUGUAGUAGAAUGAAUGAGAGAAGAGAAGAGAAGAGAAGAGCGACUGAAGGACACUCAGACACAGCGUUGAACGAUACAGUAUGUUACUGUGAAGCGGCUUUUUUUCCUUCUAACGCUGAAAAAUAUUACGGUACCGACAAAGAAAAAAAAUAUCUCUUCGUCUUUUUCUGAAACCACAAUGGCACGAGGAGAGGGAGCCGAGCAGUAUGCGGCGAGUUUACUAUCAGUCAAGCCUAUAAAUACAGAAAUCAAGACUGUAAAGCCAAAGGACCAGAGGAAUCGUCUGUCUGUGUGCAGCAAACUAUGCUACGCUAUUGGUGGAGCUCCCUACCAGAUCACAGGCAGUGCUCUGGGCUUCUUCCUCCAGAUCUACCUGCUGGAUGUGGCUCAGCUGGAUCCCUUCUAUGCUUCCAUAAUCCUGUUCGUGGGCCGGGCCUGGGACGCUAUCACAGACCCAACAGUGGGCUUCCUGGUGAGCCGGAGUAGGUGGACCCGCAUUGGCCGUAUGAUGCCCUGGAUCCUUAUCUCUACCCCAUUUGCGGUGCUGACUUACUUCCUAAUCUGGUACGUGCCGCCAUUUGAGCAACGGAACGUCAUCUGGUACCUGGUGUUUUACUGCCUCUUCCAGUCAAUGCAGACGUGCUUCCAUGUGCCGUACUCAGCCCUCACCAUGUUCAUCAGCAGCGAGCAGAAGGAGAGGGAUUCUGCCACCGCCUAUCGUAUGAUGGUGGAGGUGCUGGGCACAGUGCUGGGCACUGCAAUCCAGGGACAGAUCGUGGGUGGUGCUCCACACUGUCAAACUAAGCCUGAUGUCCCCAGCAACAUCAACUCAUCCAUAAACAGCACGUCCAGUGUUUCACUGGAGGAGACGAAACAAGCUUACCUAAUUGCUUCAGGGGUCAUCUGCGUCAUCUACAUCCUUUGUGCUGCAGUCUUGUUUUUGGGUGUUAAGGAGCGAAAAGAGAGCGGACAUAAAAAAUCAGACCCCCUCACCUUUCGUCAAGGCCUGUGGUUGGUGAUGAGCCACGGACCAUACGUCAGACUGGUCAUCGGCUUCCUCUUCACCUCUCUGGCCUUCAUGCUACUGGAGGGAAACUUUGCCCUUUUCAUCACCUACGCUCUUGGGCACAGGAACGACUACCAGAAUAUUCUCCUGGUCAUCAUGCUAUCUGGGACUCUGACCAUCCCGUGGUGGCAGUGGGUUCUGACCCGGUUUGGGAAGAAGACAGCAUCCUACUUUGGCAUCUCGUGGGCAAUACCCUUCAUGAUCCUAAUCGUCUCCAUCGAGAGCAACCUCAUCAUUUCUUACUUGGUUUCAGUGGCGGCAGGUGUGAGUGUGGGGGCAGCUUUCCUCCUGCCGUGGUCGAUGCUUCCCGAUGUAGUGGAUGACUUCAAGGUUAAGAACCCUAAGAUCCACGGUCAUGAAGCCCUCUUCUAUUCCUUCUAUGUAUUCUUCAUCAAGUUUGCCUCUGGGAUAUCCCUGGGUAUCUCUACUCUCAGUUUGAAAUUUGCCGGCUAUGUGACUGGGGAGUGCUCACAACCCAAAGCGGUCAGUUUAACCCUGAAGGUGCUGGUGUCUCCAGUGCCUGUGUGUCUUAUUAUUGUGGGACUGUUGAUAUUGAAGACCUACCCUAUUGAUGAAGAAAAGAGGCAAGACAACCAAAAGCUGCUGCAGGAAAUCCUGGACUCUGAAACAGAUUCUGAGUCAGAAACUUCAGCGCUCGGGAGCAACGUGUAACGGCCAACCAUCACCACUGGUUUACACAGUUUGCACAGACUGUCGAGGGACAUGACCACCAACCAUCUGGACUAACAGAGAAGAGACCGCAGACACCACUGCUGCCCACACACCAUCGCUGUGUUGAUGGUCUCCCUCCAGUGGAUCGCAAAGGUUUACAUCGCCCCCAAGUGGCCAGAUGAUGUCAUCUCAUGUGUGAAUCAAGUAUUUUCUGUUGUCCUUUAUCUCCAGCUGUGUCCCAGUGAAACUGCAUUUACUAAAACUAAAAAAACCUACACAACAUACAAAUCUCCACAGUGUAUUGUUUUGGCAGUUAAUGUAGAGCCAAAGUCCUUGGUCACUUGUUCCAAG